UAUUUUACGCCCACUUUUGACGUCAUCGCGCACGCUCUUUUACACUUUCCACUCACAAUCUCUCUGGGGAUUACUCGUAUCUCAAAGUGACAGUACAGUCCGAGCUGCAGUGUAAUUGAAAUAACAACGAACGCAGUGCCUCGUGUUUGUAGACUCAGCUUGAAUUCACACGUUGCAUCACUAAUAAAAUGGAUCGUACUGAAGAUUUUGACAAAUGGCAUAAAGAAACAAUAUUAAAAAUUAUUGAGAAUCUUGGGCAGAACGUCGAUGAAGCUCAAUACGAGAUAUUCGGACAAACCGACUUUGUUAUGUCUACCCUUUAUUACAUAAACAUAAAAUUUAAGAACAGGGUAAAGGAUCAAAGUAAAGAGUUUUCUAUAAUAUUAAAGAGACCUACACAGAGGGAACUCUUCAGACGCAUGACCCGCAGCGACUGUCAAUUCCACAACGAAAUUUUAUUCUAUCGGAUGUACGCCCAACCUAACGAGAACUUCGCCAAAUGCUUCUACAUCGAUGAACGACCGCCCAUCGAUUCAGUUAUCGCUUUAGAGAAUGUCAAUGAACGAGGAUAUCAUCCUUGUCCGUGUAAGUACAAUGCUCCUUUAGAAUACACACUGGCGGCGAUGCGUGAGCUUGGACGAUUCCAUGGUAAAGGAUAUGUCAUGAAGCAGUUGCAACAGAAGAAAUUUUUCGCUAUCGUAGAGCAGCUUCAAGAAACUAGAUACGGCAGAAUGGUAGAGAACGAUGAAAUAAUUUAUAUUAACUUAACUGCGAUAAGAGCAGUGGAAUAUCUUCGCAAUCAUGAUUAUGAUGUAACUUUCUGCGACAAAACGGAAGCUUUACUCUCGAAUGCAUUCGACGAGGUGAUGAUGAAGGCGACUGAACCGCUAGAACCAUUAUCCACAUUGUGUCACGGUGAUUUUACAUUGAGCAAUACUCUCUUCAAAACGAACAACGGCGAACAUCAUGCGAUGCUAAUCGACUUCGCGCUUUGUAGAUACUCGACACCUGUCAUCGAUCUUUCCACAUACCUUUGUCUGUGCUGUUCAAAUGAAGUGAGGAAAGAUAAGUUCUUCGAAAUUAUACGAGCCUAUCAUGAUGCGCUGAAGAAAUAUCUCUUAGAAGCUGAUAUUUGGGAUAACGAGAAAUACUCGUAUGAUGCUUUGCUGGACGAUUACAAGAGAGGUGGUCUCUUUGGUUUUGUUAUUGCAUCCUCUUUUUUACCAGUAUUAAUGGGACAUAGCGUCGGUGAUUUGGAAUCAUUUGCAAAAAACGGAUACAUCGAAGGAGCAAGACAAAACAAACAAUUUGGCGGAGAUGAAAUGUCCAAGAUAUUAGCUGAUAUGUUGCUACAUUUGAAAGAUGUUGGCUGUUUAACAUUUCUUCAUAACAGUUAGAAAAUUGUAAAUUGUGAAAAAAUUGGGUUUAAAAUGAAUGAAGAUAGAAAAUGAUAAGAUAAAAUAGGCACCAUUAUUUGCUGAGAAUGAGAUAAGUACAGAUGAGUGUGGUGAGAGAAAUAAUUGUAAACCAAAUCUUGCCUUCUUAACAAGUGUAAGCUGAAGUAAUAAAUAUUAUAUUGUAAUAAA